AUGGAUGUGGUACAAGAAGAAUUGCUUCAUUGUUCCAUAUGCAUGGAACUAUUUUCUGACCCCCGUACGUUACCAUGUCAACAUACAUUUUGCCGAGACUGUUUGACUAACUAUAUAGAAGGGAAAAGAAAAAAUACUUAUUCCAGACUAAAUGCUUUUGAUUGUCCACUGUGCCGAAAGAAUGUCUCACUUGAAAAUUACGAUUCAAAUGGUGGUUCAUUUCCAAUUAACUUGGUUGUAUCUUCAUUACUUAAUAUAAACAAACCAAGAAGAAGAUACAAAGCGACAGCAUCUCUCUGUGACAAGGCAUGCCAAACAUCCAAGGAAACAAGGUUUCUGAGAAACAAAUUUUCACAGACAAAACAGAUGCAGUCGAAAGAAGUAGCAGCACAAACAACAACGUAUGUGAAGACAACCAAUAAACGGACCCAAACUGACACUGAGAAAACAAAGGUGUCCCAUAUUGAACCACAAGCACAAAAACAAAACAAAACGACACAGACAGAUAGAAACAGACUUGCAAAGACGAGACAAUACCAGGCGAGACAAGACCAGGCAUGCAAUGUAAUUGCCAUAAAAGACGCGAGACAAGACCAGGCAUGCAAUGUGAUUGCCAUAACAGACCAGUUUCAAUAUGGAUCUUUCAGUUCGUUGGAGACAAGUGGGACAGAGUAUUCUUCAGGGGGUUUGAUAACCUGA